UGUUUUACGCGUAGAAUCGAAUGACGAAAUGACGAAUUUGCAUCAAGAUUCGAGAGUUCGUUUACAUCCCAGUUUGAAACAAUGUUGCUGGAGAAAAAGGAGAGCGAUAAACGAUGUCUUUUCCGCACAGCAAAAAAAAGAUAUUGAGCAUCAGUGGGCGGAAACAUCUGUUGAACGGUAUGAAGUUUGUUGUUAAUUUAGACCAAAAUCAAUAAGUACAUAACAGUCGGCAUGCUUUAUCUAAAAUAUAAAUUAAGCAACAUUAAAAAGUUUGUUUUUUGCUUGUUCUUUAGUGCUUAUGGAGUACCUAUCUCGUUACGAAACAGAGAUAAACUGCGGUUGCAUUUAAGCUUUGAAAGCAAAAUCGAUGCUGUAAAACGGACAAAUGACAAUGUCGCAAAAAUUACACAGGUAAAGAAUGCUGUUUCAAUUGUCGGAAUGAUAUUGUUCAGGUAAUGAUAAUACCAAUAUCAAUAAAUUUAUUUAAUUUUCAAGGGCCUUAAAAGACCUCAUAGCCACACCGUACAGCUGGAAAACUUCGAGUGGAACAAAAGCGAAUGUUCGGAAGAAAUCAACAAUUAUCCAGAAGGACAUCAGAUUAAUUUUAGCGAUUUAGCAAGACGACAUAAAUUAGUUAAUAGUAAUGGUAUUCAACCACAAAACUGUGGGCAAGUUUUAAAAGAACUGCUAAUUAACAAUGGAUGCAAUUUGGCCAGGUUUCGAAACUGUGUAACAGCAAACCAACUUAGCACUGAAUUUACUAAAGUGAGAAGAAAAAAACGGAAACUGGACAUCCCUAACUUUAAGAACAUGUCCUUUCCCGUGGAAACAACAAAGUUAAUGAAAAACUAAAAGAUAAAAUAACCACAGGGGAAUACUCACUUGGAGAUCUGAUUGUGCCACAGUCAUUCACCAAAGCAAUUUUAAAAGAGGACAAGAUAAUACAUGAAACUGUUGAGGUCAGUGGACGGAAAAUGCCUUUAACAGAAAUAAGAAAGGACAUGUUGGAAAAGCAUUUGCCAUUUAUGCGACUAUGAUCUGAUAAGGAUUAUGAAAACAUGACACAAGAAGAAUUGAUUCUUAACUUAAAAAGAAUUAACGAGUUCAGUGAAAAAAUGCCUUCAGAAGAGUAUGUACAUACCUUGAAGUGUUUUGAAAGGAGGCGUCAUUUGAUGUUUUGGCAUGAUGGGUCAUCUAUAGCUAGCCACAGCCAUGUCCUCAUGCUUGUUGCAUGUAUGUACGACCCUGCUUUAUUUCUCACAGAUGACGAGUAUAUGGAAAAUACUAAAACAAAAAUAAAUGUGCAAGCUGUGAUUGAAAAGCCGGAGUUUUACAUUUUGGCCAGAUGUCCUGCAACUGACCAGCAGCUUUUAUAUUCAAAUGAACGCUGCAAAGAUAUCAUAGAAAUGAGGAAAAGUGUUGGACAUGGUAUAACUGAUGUAAUGAGAUUUUUCAAGGGUGACAGUCCCGCAGCGGCAUUUGAAGCUGGGCAGCAAAAAGGUGGCAAUUUUUUUUGCCAUUCAUGCUCUGUACACGCUGAUUGUGUUAGUAGUCUUGUACAUACUUUUAAACAACAGCAUCUGUCCUUGCAAGAUCGGGUCAGCCAUGCUUAAUCUUCUGUCGAAUCAUGUGAUAAACUUAAAAGUGGAGCAGUAAAGUUACAUAAUGGAUUGAAGAAGCAUGAGCUGAUAAACGAACUUCAUCAACGAAAAAUAAGGUUCUCCUGUGAUCUCCCUACAAAGGAGUUAAACAACUCGCUUUAAGAGGAAAUGCAUGGAAUUCAAAGGUUACCAGCCCUCAUGUUUGGGAAGUCCCAUAGACCUUUGAGUGAGCUCAAUCUUGAGGUAUAUGAGAUAUUAAAUAAUGAACCUUUGCAUGAUGUGUCAAACUACAUUAAAAAUAUCUACUGUGAGCUUCCACAUCAUGUAGGUGCAAAGAAGAAGACUUUAUUAGAAAUAAUUGAGGCUUCGUUUAAUAACAAGGAAGCAAAAAAUGCCUCUGAUUACAGAAGAAGCUUGCUGAUCGUAACAAAUUGGGCAUUAAAAAAUUUAGAAGGCCACUUUGCAUUGAAACUGCUGAUCUCACUUUCAAAGAUCCAGGAAAUAUUGUACUUGCCAGCAAAUAGAAGAAGUAUGCCAAGUAUUCUGCAUUUGAUAAUUGCAACACACCACCACGCCAUGUUGAUAAAACUCCAUAUCCGUGGUAAAUUAACAUCACUGACACAGGAAAUUUUUUGGUGUGUAUUGCCAUUCAAUUAUCAGACAUUCUGGCACACAGCUACGUCUUGUUUCUGGUCGUACAGCCAACACUGAAAAAGAAGAGGCUAGUUUUAAUCCCAUCAAGACCGUAACUAAACUUACAUCAAAUAACCAUCCAGAAAACAUCAUAUGUAAUGCCCUGAUCAGAAUGCAAGCCGCAAUAAAAUUAGGUGCAGGCCAAAAUGCAGUGAGCAAAGAUAAAUCAUUUGAGGAACUUUCCCAAAGAAUACAGAGACAUUCAACAGGUAGGUUCUAUAUUUUACCCAAUGUGCUAUCGAUAUUUUGCGUUUUGACUUUAUACUUUAUUUUUUAAUUUGAUAUAUAAAAAAGAUUAUGUUAUUUGUGCUCUGGUUACAUAGAACAGAACGUCCUUUCAAUCAACUAAUCAACUGCCAUGAAAUGAUGGUGAAAUUAAAAUUGACGUCGCCCUAAUUUUUAGAUUGCUAUGGCUGAAGUAUUUACAUUAAUGAAGAAAACAGCAAUAGUUCUAUUAUUUAUAAAAAAAUAUAAAAUGCGUUUCUUUGCUUAAUAUUAUUGUGUAGUAUUUUUAUAACAGGGAUCGUGAUACCAUUCUUUUGGAUAGAGAAAUAUCCAAAUGAUCAUGAAUGCUUUUUAAAAAGAAUAGCUGACUUUCUAUUGGAUUCACAUAAAUGGUUGGAAGAAACCAGUGAUGGAAUUAUAUUUAAAAUUGUUGAUUCUCUACCUGGUGACAGUUCCUUGAUUCUUCAUUAUUAUCGAUCGUCAACACUAAAAGAGGAAGAACAAUACCUUCAACGGUAUUCACAUUUAGCUCUUUCUUGCAGUACCUAGCAAUGUUGAUGCAAGCAAUUUAAAAUAAUAAAACAUUUUAAAACUUCAAGUGUCUUAAUUUUACUAUUUGGUGCUAAAUUAUAUUAUCAACAAUUUUUAUAAUACUUUGACAUUGUUUAACCUUUCAGAAAAAUUUACAAAGUUUAUUAACUGUCAUUUUCCUUUGUAUACAUACCUAUUUUGAUUAUUACAAAUCUGAUGUCAAAAUAUUUCGCUUACAAUACUUUCUUUAUUUGCGUACAAAAACUAGAUGUAAGGUACAUAUAUGAAAACUUUUUGAAAAUAAUGAAUAAGAAAUUACCAUGAACGAAGAAUCAUGG